UCAAUUUUUAAUUGGACUGCGGGGCGGUAGCAAAGUGCGUUUGCAGAGUACGAUUUGUUGAUGGAUAAUCGAUAACUUCUUAUUAUAAAGUUCGGUUAAAUCCCCCAUUUUAGUUAAGUGUGCCAAAGUGAAUUACACAACGAAAGCUAAACAUUUUUUCGAAAGAAUUUUUAAGAAAUUUGUUUUUAGUUGAAAUCAAUCUUUUGUAAUUGCUUUGGAUUAACCUUCCAUCCAAGUGAAAUCGAUUCAGUCCACAAAAUUCACCGGUAAUUGCAAAAGCUGCUCUCUCUGAAAUAUGGCUCAAGAAACCAAAACACAGAAACAGGGAGGUCCUCCACCAUCUACCUCAACAUCAGAAGAAAUCUCCACCAAACCUGUCGAUGAAGAUAUUGAAGAAAUCGAAAUACCCCAGAACAAAACAAUGUUGGAACGUAUGCAGAUCGUCUUGGAGAAAUUUGCCCAGACCAGAAUGGGUCAAAUGGCGCUGGAAGGCUGCGAUCGAGUGCUAAAAGUUUUGGAAGAAACUGCCAAAUGGGGUGUUCCGCAAGAUGAGAAUGAUACAAAGUUGGAGCGUCCCUUACCUUGGCUAUUCUUUAUUCCGCUAAUUGUGUGGAUACGCGUCAUUCGAUUCUGGCUAACCAUUGGCUCUUUAAUGGUUGGUGGACCGCCAAUAACGCCACAAAAUAUGGUCUAUAACAUACAAGUGAAGCGUCGACGUCUCAGGGCUAUACGUGUGCCAGCUUUAAGGGCUGUCAGACGACUUGAAACAGAAUCUACGAGAAAAAGUGAAACAACAAUGACGGGUAAAAAUAAAUCAUUAACUGGAAAAAUUAGUAGUCUAUUUGGUAGUGCCGUUUGUAAGCCGGGUCAAAGUUGCGAUUCACCAGCAAGGCGGGCAUUCGAAAAGGAUAAUAUAUCAAAAGUUCCAGAUGAUAAUUCGACGGAACGCACCGCCGGUAAACGACCCCGUGACGAUGAAAAUCGAGAUCUUAACAUGACUGUUGAACAAAUGCUGGAUAAAUACGCCAAUGAGGAUUCCGAUGACGAUUCCGAUUAUGUGCCCAAUGAUAAAGACGACGAAAGUGAUGACACCUCAUCACUCUCUUCCAGUGAUAGCAUCUCCAGUACCGAACAGGCUGAAAUGGCAGACGCCUGCGACAAUGCGAUGGCAGCCAAACAAAAGGAACAUUUAAAUACAUCCGCACAGAAUUCUUCAAAACUCGAUAACUCAUCAUCAAUGGAUCGCAGUCUAGUUGAGGUAAAAGAAAAUGGUGGUCAAAAACAUCGUCCCAUGCCCAAGCCCAUAUCCGAAAUUAAGGUUGAAGUCACAUCGGAUGCUGAUAGUGGCAGUGAAAGGAUAAAAACCCCAGGUGGACCAAUGACCAGUACCAAUGGACCUAAGACUACGAACAACACAGAAGUCGCCAAAGUUCAAGCAUCCACGGAGCAACAUCCAAAAGAACCCCUAACCACCCCCAGACAACAACAGCUACCACCACCAAAGGUUUUCGGUUUGUCAGUGGCCCCCGAAAUGGAAAUAAAGCAAAAAUCUACCCCCGGACAUGAGUCGGCAGCCACCAUGAAACCAUCCUCCGCCACAGGUGUUAAAACCGCUGCAGCACCGUUGCCGUCACCGCCUUGCCCAAGUCCUAAGGCGAGCGGAUCACCAACGUUCCGGGAAAAACAUUAUCGUACCAUAACAACCCAAACCUCUGUAGCCGAAUAUGAUUGGUCAAUAAUUGUAAAAACUGAAAUUUCCCAUAGAAAGACACCUCCAGUGCAGGUGCCCAAAUCGGAUUGUUCGCCACCCUUAACGCCUGCCUCAUCCACAGAGGAUGUCUUUUAUAGCCCAAUUGGCUCUCCCCAACAUUUCCAUUCCAUCUUCCAUCCCGCACCUCUGGUGAAACCCAAUCCCGUAGAUGCCCACUCAACUCCUAAGAAUGCGGCUGAUCAUAGUGAUGCCUCUACUCCUGAAUCGAUGGAUACUAGGAAGCUGCCGAAUAAACCACAACAGCCACAACAUCAUCAUAAUCAAUAUCAACAGCAUCACUACAACAACAAAAAUCGCAAUAAAAAUCGCCGCUGAACUAAAUUAGGGCAAUGUUGUCCUUGUUUAUAAGUUUUAAUGAUGUUUUAUUUAACAUUCUCCCAAAAAUAUUUGUAAUCGAUAUUGAAGUAAUAAUUUGUCUAUGAAUUAUACAAUGGAAUAAUUGAAUUUUUAGAAUUUU